GUUUGUCUCCGCCGCUCUGACCAGCAACGUGCAGUCGGUCGCGUCUGCUGUGCCAUCAGACGUUGCGUCCAUUCUUUCGGCGUUGUCGAGUGCCGUGGGCGCUGUGUCGAGUGGUGCUGCUGCGUCGGCUGUGCCGUCGGACGUUGCCUCGGCGCUUUCCCCUGCUGGAGCUGUGCCGAGUGGAGCAGAGUCUGUUCUGAGUGGAGUCGUCGCGUCUGCCACGAGUGUCAGCGCAGCUGUCCCGUCCAGGAUCCCGUUCGUCUUCACGCAACUGUCGAGCACUGCCGCGUCUCUUCUUCCCAGCCCAGCCCUCUCUAGCGCUGUCCAAUCUGCCGCUGCGCCGCUUCCCUCCGACGUCUCUGCGAUCUUGUCCGUGCUGUCGAGCGCCGCCGGGGGUCUGCCAAGCGCUUCCGCGUCGGCCCUGUCCAGUGCGCCCAGCUCGGCGCCCAGCGACGUCGCGUCGAUUUUGUCGGCGCUCUCCAGUGCGGCGGGAUCCUUGCCGAGUGAUGUCGCAUCAGUGAUUGCCAGUGACGCGAGUGGUAUUCUUGCUUCUGCGACUGCCGGAUCAGCAUCAGUGCUCUCCAGUGCUGCCGGUGCCUUGCCCAGUACCAGCAAUGCGCAGCCCGCCAUCUCGAGUGCCGCCGGUCCGGUCCCCAGUGACGGGGCUGGAUCCCUCCCAAGCGCUGUUGCGUCGAUUCUGUCUGCGAUGUCGAGUAUUCUCCCUGGCGGAGUUUCCACCAGCAGCAGCAGCGUCGUCGCUCCUGGCUCUAGUGCCGCUGGCUCGGCACCCAGCGGGGUGGGGUCGGUCCUUUCCGCGUUGUCGUCGAGUGCUCUUCCCAGCAGCCUGUCUGGAUCCGUUGCCUCGAGUGCGGCUGGCUCGCUCCCGUCUGAUGUCAUCUCCAUCCUUUCCGCGCUCUCGAGUGCGGCUGGAUUCGUCCCGGCGGCGACCAGUGUCCCCGCAUCCGCCGCCUCGUCUGCGCUUCCGUCAAUCGUGUCGAGUGCUGCUGGCUCCAUUCCCAGUAAUGUCGCGUCAAUUCUCUCUGCUCUUUCGAGUACUGCAGCUGGCGGAGUCCCAAGUGGUGUGAUUGCAUCCAACGGCCCCAGCGCAUCGGCGGCUCCGAGCAACGUCCAGUCCAUCGCCAGCGCAGCGAACAGCAACCUGGCAUCCGUCCUUUCAGCUCUGUCCAGCGCUGCCGGCGGGCUGCCCAGCAACGUCGCGUCGGCCGUGUCAGCCGCCAACUCGGCCAACAGCGUCUUGAGUGGAGUGGCCGCCUCCGCCACGGUCGCACCUGGCAGCGCAGUCAGCAGUGUGCUCGCCAGUGCCAGUGCGGCAGCCGCUGUCCUCCCGAGCAAUAACGUCGCAUCGGCUGCGUCCGUCGUCGCCUCCGUGAACAGCGUCUUCAGUGCGGUUCUUGCGUCCCAGAGCAGUGUCAACGCCCCGGCCUCAGUUGCGAGUAACGCCGUCUCGGUCAGCAGCGGUUUGAGCGGAGUGCUUGCGUCGCAGACGCGCAUCGUCAGUCCCGCGAGCAGCAUGUUGAGUGGUGUCUUGGCGUCGGCUACAGGUGGACUGGCGGGAUCGGGAUCGCCGACGAGCGCCGUCGUCUCGGCUGCGUCCGUCGUGGCAUCUUCCAACAGUGUGUUGAGUGGUGUCCUUGCGUCGGCCGCAAGAUCUGGAGCCGCGAGCGCUUCCGCCGCUAACGUCGCUUCCGUCGUCAGCAGCAUCCUCUCCGCGGCCAAUGCCAACGUCGCAUCGACUCCUCUACCGUCCGUCGUGACGAGCAGCCCCGUCGCUGCCUCAGCAGCCGCGUCCCGAGCAUCGAGCGUGAUCCCCGUCUCGAGCGCAUCGUUCGCUGCGGCUGUGCUCGCGUCGCAGAUCACCCACAUCUUCGGCAGCAGCAACAGCAACCAGAAAGCCAAUGCGAUGGCCUCCGGCUCGCCAGCUGCCUUGCCUGCUGCGACGCAACUCAUCUACGGCGGGUCGGUCGCUGGGCCCUCUGCCUCGGCCGCGGCCGGUGCUUCGGUCUCCGGGGCGGCGUCUGCGUCUCAGUCUGCGGUUGGUGGUGUCUAUGGAGGCGGUGUCGGCGGCGUCGUGCCGGCGGUGGUCACCACGGCCGUCUAUGGCGGCUCGUCGAGUGCUGCUGCAUCGGGCGUGUACUCUAAUGCAAACGCUGCCGCAUCGGCAUCUGUCACCAUCGCAUCCAGCGCUGUCUCAUCCUCGCCUGCGUCGGCGUCCGCCAGCCCGACGAGCUCAGCCGCCGCCAGCGCCACGGGCGCUCUCGACGACGCGCUGAUCGCCGCCAACAAGGCCGGCAGCGACCUGAUCGGCUCGCUCACGGCGCUGAUCGACGUGCUGCAUGUCUUUGCCCCGGGUCCGCUGGUGCUAAGCGAUACAGUGGCCAACACGAUCAACACAGCCGUGACGGACGUCGUGCUGUUCGCGAACGAGCUCGACCUCGUCGCGAUCUACAUCCAGGCGUACAAGGACAUACUCGGCUCCGCGCCCGACGCGCCGCGCGCGCUCGUGCUCUUCGCCACGAUCAACACCGUCGCGCGCCAGGUGGCGCUGCUGGGCUCGCAGGUGAACGUCGACGACAUGGAGGAGCAGAUCCGCCCGAGCGUGCUCACGCUGCUCGAGAGCGUCCGGCAGCUGCACCUCCUGUGGCCGCAGACAUCGGCUACCGCGUGGGCGCACUUCCAGGCUGCCGUCCAGAGCUUGUGAGGAUCUUGGCUGGUGGACUUGGAUCGUAGCAGUGUCAUGUAUGUAGUAGCAUCGUCCAUUUGUAUACUAGAUCCUCG